AUGGCAGUUUCUGAUGUCCUCUGGAAGAAGAAGCUACAAGAGAAACGGGUCUACCCUCUAGUUCUGGGAGGAGGAACACAGGGCAGCCUCCAGGCACAGACUGCAGAGCCAGGCACGGCACUGUUUCCUGUUAUUGUCCACAGUGACUAUGAAGACCCAGCAGCUGCUGUUCAGGUUUCAAGCGCACAAUCUCUCUUCCUUGUCAAGCAGACCGCCAGGGUCACAAUAAAACUUGGAACGAAAGUGAUUUUAGCAGAGUUGCCCUGGAUGGAGGGAAGGAUGACAAAGGUGUAUGGUGUGGUCCCCGACGGUGGCAGCCUCGUCUUCCCCAACCCAGCAGAGACCCAGACCCGAACUGGGCUCUGGCCUGGCCUAGCGGAAGGGGCUGCGGGCAAAGCUGUGUUCAGCGUCUUGCACACGGGCAGGAUGGAGACCACGUCUACCCAGCCUGCCCACAAAGGGCUGAACCCAGAGGCCGGGUGGAGCCGGACUAGGAGCCAGGUGACCACCUGGAAGCGCAGGUCGUCUCCAAACCCAAAAUUUCCACGUCGGCAAAAGUCAAGAUGGAAGGGAGCGGAGCGGAGCGCCCACUGGAAGCCUAGCUCAGCGGCCCGGGGCGCAGAGGGCCGGGCUGCGGCGUGCGGGGGGCCUUUGGGAGGGCGGCCAGGCCAGACAGGCCGAUGCAACCCCCGGCCGCAGCUUCGGAGCUCUGGCCCCGCGUUCUGUCGGCCACGCGCACCAACCGGGCAGGAUGGGGACUGCGCUCUGCGGACCUGUUGCACGCGCGCAACAGCUGCUUGCGCGCAGUGUGUGGGGAGGCGUGCGGGACCCCGCACGGUGGUCCGGGCUGGAUGGGCUAGGGGCGCCGGGCCUGUGUCGUGGACUGCAUGCAGAUCGGCUGCGGAGGCGCUGCCUCAGCAGGCAGAGGGAAACCGGGAGAGUGGGUGGGUGGCACCGAGGGGCCAGGGCUGCGUGGACGCGGAUUCCCAGACUGUGCGCGGGCAGCUGGAUAACCGGAGUAGUGUGGUGAGAAUGGCUGGGGGAAGGGGAGGCCGCGAAAAGCCUGGCUUUCCCGGGACGUCCCAUCUGCGGGGAAACUGGCUUGUGUUCGCCGGCUUUGACUCCCUGCUCCAGGAAUUCGUUCUCAUGAGGUCCUCCCCGCCCUCACCAACUUUCCAGAUGGAAAGAAAGGUGCCGACUGUCACUGCCGUCCGAGAGGCUCCACCCAGCAGCUGAUGGAAACAGAUGCAGAGACCCACAACCAAACAUUAAGUGGAGCUUCGGGAAUCCUGUAGAAGAGGAGGAGGAAGGGUUGAAGGAGCCAGAGAGGUCAAGGACACCACGAGAAAACCUACCCAGUCAGCUAACCUGGGCUCAGAAGAGACUGAACCACCAAAAAGAGAUCAUACAUGGGACUGACCUAGUGUACAGCUUGGUCUCCAUGUGGGACUCCUAACAGCUGGAGCAGGGGCUGUCUCUGUUGCCUGCCUUUUGAGCCUUUCCCAUAACUGGGCUGCUUUGCUGAGACACAAUCAAAGAUGUGUCUAGUCCUAUAGCAACUUGAUAUACCAAG